CUUCCAGGAAUUUAGCGUCAGGAACUUUGACUAAUGAAUCUUCGCUUCCAGCCAUUUGUCCUCUUAACAAUAAUCUAUCAUCGCAGCAACAGCCAUAUUUGGCCACACAGUCUUUACCGUUACAUCAACAACCAUAUUUGACAACUCAACAACUAUAUUCGACAACUCAACAACCAUAUUUGACAACUCAACAACCAUAUUCGGCAACUCAACAACCAUAUCCGGCAACUCAACUUUAUAUGGAUUCUUUAACAUUAAACGAAGCGACAUCGAAAUAUAAGAAGCAGUAA